GCUUCCUCCACGACCUGCAAUUACCACUGCCACCCAUCAAUUGCACCUCAUCUGCCUAGGACACAGUCGCAAAGCACGCUGCCAGCUUCAGAGCACAUUGCGCAUACCACCCUCCACACCGCCAUGUCUUCAGGAAACGCAUCGGGCUCCGUCCAGGAGCGGGCACAAUACCACCUCUCACAGCUCGACAAGGAGCUCUCGAAAUACCCAGCCCUCAACAACUUCGAGCAGCAGACCAGCGUCCCAAAGGUCUACGUAGUCCUCGGACUCGGCGCCCUCUACUUCUUCCUCGUCUUCUUUAACAUUGCCGGCGAGUUCUUGGUCAACACCGCUGGUUUCGCCCUUCCGGCAUACUACUCCCUCGAUGCGCUGUUCAGCAGCACCAAGGCCGACGACACUCAGUGGCUCACAUACUGGGUUGUCUACGCUUUCUUGACUGUCGUCGAGUCUGCCGUGAACGCCGUCUACUGGUUCCCAUUCUACUACACAUUCAAGUUCAUCCUUGUCCUCUGGAUGGCUCUCCCACAGACUGGUGGCGCUCAAGUUGUCUUCCGCUCUCUCCUUCAGCCACUCUUCGCGCGCUUCUUCGCCGAAGAUGCGUCUGCCACUCUCAAGAGCAAGGUCAACGCUGCCAAGGCCCAGUAGAUUGAUACGAGCUUUGCUGAGGACUUCAAGGAAGAGCGAGUACGAUAACAUAUGGUGUUGUACGCUAUGAAGCCUUGCAUGAGCGCUUCUUUGGGGGUUAGUCGCGAGUGGGUGUUGCUGCAUUGUCUUGCACUUGAAUCUCCAAUUGAUGGAGGAGUUAGCGAUAGCAUUCCAAUCUGUGUGAGCAGUUUGGUGCAUGCUAGGAUGAUAGAUUAUGGUAGGAUAAGCGGCGAUAUGAGAGUCUUAGUCUGAGAGACUUCAUCUGCCUACCUCGCGAUGCGAGCUGCACUGGAUUUGAAGCUGGCGAGUAAUCCAGGGUACUGAUACAGGAGCAGGACUGGGAAAAGCUUCUAAACAGGAUUUGCAUUUGGGAGCUUCACCCACAGCAUGAGAAGUUAACCUCGCCAUUGCGAUGCAGCAGACAUUGGCUGUGAUGCCAAGACUUC